AUGAAAGGGGAAAACCUCACUGAGGUCUCUGAGUUCAUCCUCUUGGGGCUCACCGAGGACCCCAGAGAGGAACAGCUGCUGUUCCUCCUCUUCCUGAGCAUGUACCUGGUCACGGGGCUGGGGAACCUGCUCAUCAUCCUGGCCAUCGUCACCGACGCCCGGCUCCACACCCCCAUGUACUUCUUUCUGGCCAACCUGGCCUUCGUGGACAUCUGCUGCACCACCACCACCGUCCCCAAGAUGCUGGUGAACCACGUCACGGGCCGCAGGGGGAUCCCGUACGCUGGUUGCCUGACCCAGACCUUCUUCUUCAUCCUGUUUGUUGGUCUUGACAGCAUCCUACUGGGUGUCAUGGCCUAUGACCGCUACGAGGCCAUCUGCCACCCCCUGCACUACACCACAUCCGUGACUCCACAGCUCUGCAGCCUCCUCAUGGUUGCAUCCUGGAGCACAGCUUUGGGGAAUGCCCUGACCAAUGCCAUAGCACUGACCCGUCUCUCCUUCUGCACCCACAGAGAAGUCCCAAAUUUCUUCUGUGACCUCAAUGCUUUGCUCAAACUGACCUGCUCUGACCCCUUCCUCAACUAUGCCCUGCUGAACACCGUGGGUGCCAUUCCUCUGUUUUUCCCCUUCGUGGGCAUCCUGGUCUCCUACACGCUCAUCUUCGCAGCUGUGCUGAGGAUCCCGUCCAGGACAGGCAAGCAGAAGGCAUUUUCCACUUGUGGCUCCCACCUCUCCGUUGUGUCCCUGUUCUAUGGGACCCUCAUUGGGGUGUAUUUCAGCCCCACAUCCUCCCACACGGCCCAGAAAGACACGGUUGGGGCAGUGAUGUACACCGCAGUCACUCCAAUGAUGAACCCCUUCAUCUAUAGUAUUCGAAACAAGGAUAUGAAGGCAGCCCUGAGAGCCCUGUUCAGCAGGAAACUGGCUUUUACUUAG